GCCACGUCGGGUCAUCACCUGUAGGGCAAGAGGAGUGGGUUACACAGACAGCCCUAUGCGUGCGCUGCAGCGUUCGUGAUUAGCCCCGACGACAAUGCUACGUGCACCGGAAUUGGAUCUUUUAAGCGAUGGAGGGGGAACAGCCUCGUCCUCAGCCACCAUUUGGGUAUUCUCGCUACGGAGGUACUAUCUACAUCCUCGCUGACGAUGGCGAGGGAUCGCGACUAUUACAAUGGCUUUGCAUCCGCGUCGAUCUCGAGCAUGUGGGCAUCUGAGACAGCAUGAUUCGGAACCAUGGAACGAAGCACACCUACUAUGGCGCUGCACAGCACGCUUGAGAUUCAGAGAGCUCAGGCCCGGGACCAGUAUGAUCGUUAUGAGAGUAAUAAGGAGGUUAUCACUUACCCUGACAGUGCUUAUCCCCAGUUAGCUCCCUUUGAAUUUGAAGAUGCAAAUGGGUAUUUUCCGGAGGUCGUCAAUGAUGAUGUGAGGGAACAACAGACUCCAAGUACCCCAUCGGUGCCUCAUGAUCAACAACCAACGGGUAUCAUUUGGGGUUUACCAAAACGCAGGUUCUACCUCGUUCUCGGAGUCGCCAUUUUGGCACUCCUCGGUGCUGUGGCCGGGGGAAUUGCCGGCGGUCUCGUAACGAAGCAACAAUACACCUCCCAGGAGUCAUCAAACAGCACUCCCACUCCCAAACCAAACCCAUACAACACCUCAACCAUCCAAUCCAUGGCCAACAUUCUCAGCACAUCCAGACUAACCUCCACCAACCGCACCGAUGCCAACGGGUACUUGCACCGCAUCAUAUUCUUCCAAGACACGCACAACGCCCUAAUAUCGCAGCACUGGGACUCCCAAAACACUACUUGGAGCACAAGUAACCUAACCCAUCUCAUGAGCGGCUCCACGACCCCGUUAAACCCACUCCCCGGCACCCCGCUCGCGAGCGCAGCGUCUACUUAUGCGAAUGCGAGUGAAGUACAUCUCUGGUUCUUAGUCCCGGAUAACUAUAUCAGCGCGACUUCUCUCCUGCAUCCAGAUCUCGCACCCGAAAACUGGGUAUAUGACGGCUUGGAUGGUACGCUGUUGGAAACAAGGGCUGGGAGCCAGAUUGCGGCCGCUUGGCAGAGGUGCGCUGGGGAUUGUGGGGGGGAUUGGGUUCUUGCGUAUCAGGACCCGGGGGGUGAUGUGAAUGUUGCGAAUUCUAGUGCUUGGGGACGGGCGACGAGCGUGGUGCAGAGGAAGAGUGUGGUGGGGAAUUCGAGUUUGGUUUUGUUGCCGCAGUUGGAUGGGACGGGGGUUAGUAGGGUGGAUUUGGUUUCUGAGACGGUUGGUGAGGGUGAGAGUGAGGGUGCGAUGCAGAAGAUGAAGUAUCAGGGGCAGUGGGAAGCUGAUGGUCUCCUAAUCGAGAAUUUACCACCACCGUCGAGUACCCUACAGUUCACCGGCACGCUGAUGAAUAACUUCACGGAGACUAUGUUCCUAGCUUUACUCCCGAACGGCACGGUUACGGCUCUGUGGUGGGGCGGACAUUUCACGUCGAUUCCGAGUAUCAAUUUCCGCGGCGGUCCGACGGUUAAUUUUACGGCGAUAUCGACGAGUGAGGAUGCGAUGUUUUAUGGUAUAUCGAAUGAUGAGGUCUUGCAGUAUGCGCCGGAUGAAAGUAAUUUGUUUAGUUUUGUGUACGUGGGGAGGGUGUAUCCGUGAGUAUCGAGAUGAAGUCAAAAGAAGUUGUUAGUGGUAGAAAAUGUUACGAUCGUCAUGCGAGGCGGGGUCUCUUUUAGGUACCUACCUAGGUACCUCAGGCAGUGUUAGGAGUGAGAUAUAGGGGGCUUAGAUACCUGGGUGGGCAAUUGUUAGAAGGGUUAGAAGUGCUAACUAGGAUAUGGGCGACCUCUAAAUUUCCCCGUGUUUUUUUUUUUUUUAUUUAAUGAAUUGAAUGAAUAAUAUCAGUAUUUUUAUUAAGAGACGGGC